AUGGCCUCCCAACCCACCCCCACGCCGCAGGCACAGAACCUCGACCGCUAUGUCGUGAUACACGUUGCUACGACGUGUGACGAGCACGGCGUAUAUGUGACCAAGGACUCUGCCGAGGUCAUCGAGCUUGGCUGGAUCCUGCUGGACGCAAAGUCUUGCGAAGAGCUUCACCGCGAGAGCGUACUUGUGAAACCCGUCAACACUCCCAUCACUGCAUUGUGCACAAGCUUGACCACCCUGACCUGGGACCAGGUCCGUAACGCAGGCUCGUUCCGGGACGCCAUCAACCGCUUUGAUGCAUUCGCACAGGAGCACAUCCUCCCCAAAAACUACGAAUUUGCCUUUGUGACGCUCGAUUCGUGGGACUUGCGUGUCCAGCUGCCCCGUGAGGCCCGCGAUAAGGCCGUUGUCCUGCCUCCAUACCUUCAACACUCUCGUACAUUUGAUCUGCGCACUGAGUACCAGCGCUGGCAAGCACACCACCCCGAGUCGCUGCCGUUCGGCUCGAGUGCGUUGACUAAUAUUUGUGCUGCUCUUGAGGUCGAGCCUGUGCAGUCAUCAGCUCCUAUCAAGCACAAUCUCCCCUUUCACCUGCAGGCCCUCGCCCCCGCCUCGCCAAGGCGGGCUAUGGAAGAGGCUGUAACCCUCGCUAGAGUACUGCGUGGCCUUAUCCGCAAGAGUCAGCCGCCCCAGGAGCACCCCGACGUGCUCACCAAGCCCAUGGACGCUCGCGCCGACGUUCGGGCUUUCCUUUCCGAGCGCAGCAAGGUCCUUCAUAUGAGCGGUCUCCCCCACGACACCACUCAGUCCGAACUCGAAAGUUGGUUUACUCAGUUUGGCGGUCGUCCAAUUGCAUUCUGGACGCUGCGCACCCCCGAUCAGCACAAGCCUACCGGUACUGGUUUCGCCAUUUUCUCAUCCCACGAAGAGGCUGCCGAGAGUCUCUGCAUGAACGGCCGCGCCCUCAAUGAGAAGGCCAUCGAGGUCUCGCCUUCCUCAAGUCGAGUCCUCGACCGCGCUGCAGAGAUCAUUACACCCUUCCCUCCCAGCAAGAACAGGCCUCGCCCAGGUGACUGGAACUGUCCCUCAUGCGGGUUUUCCAACUUCCAGCGUCGUACCGCGUGCUUCCGCUGCUCCUUCCCGGCUAUGCAGCAAGGACCUCAGGGUGGUGAUCCUAUGGGUGGAUACGGCGGUGGUUACGGUUACGGUCAUCCCGGCAUGAUGGGUCCUCCCCAGCAUCAUAUUGGUGGUCACGGACACGGACACGGCAUGGGCGGUGGUCACAUGCGCGGAGGUACCGGCGUCGUUCCUUUCCGUGCUGGUGACUGGAAGUGUGGCGAAAAUGGCUGCGGCUACCACAACUUCGCCAAGAACACGGCUUGUCUGCGCUGCGGCGCGAGCCGCGCGGGAGCUGCCGUUGUCGCUGACAGCGCCUUCCCCUCGCCUAUGGACACACCCUCAAGCUUUGGCAUGGGCCCUCCUUCCAUGGGUGGUACUCCUGGCGCUGGACCCUAUGGUCCUGCUGGCUACGCUCAGGGUGGCUUCCCUCCUCAGCAGUACGGUGGCCCUUCCAGCCAGUAUGCGCUGCCCUCUGGCAUGGGUGCUGCGAGCCCCUACCCUCCUAUGGGCGCUCAGUACUCCCAGAACGGCGGCAUACACUCAACUCCUUUCGACAGCCGUUCUGCCGAGGCUGCCUUCAGCGCUGCUGACAACUACCCUAACCAGGGCGCCCCCAACGGUGGCGGCGAUCCAUUCUCUUUCCUUUCUACUGGCUUCAACUCGCUGUCGAUGAAUGAUGACCGUCGCAACAAUUCGAACUCGGCCAAUAAGUCGCCGGCGUAA